AUGGCCCCCAACCUUCGUAAAAACCACCAAAUCCUAAAAGUCAUCAACGACGCCCUAAUUGACCUCCCCACACCAUCUAACAUUUCAACAUGAUGGAACUUCGGGUCACUACUGGGCAUUUGCCUAAUUUCACAAAUUGUUACAGGCUUACUGCUAGCCAUACAUUACACAGCAGACACUAACCUAGCAUUCUCCUCCGUCGCCCACAUAUGCCGAGACGUCCAAUUCGGAUGGCUAAUUCGCAACCUACACGCCAACGGAGCCUCAUUCUUCUUCAUCUGCAUCUACCUACACAUCGGCCGAGGACUGUACUACGGCUCAUACCUCAACAAAGAGACCUGAAACGUCGGAGUCAUCCUACUCCUAACCCUUAUAGCAACCGCCUUCGUAGGGUAUGUCCUGCCAUGAGGACAAAUAUCCUUCUGAGGAGCCACCGUUAUCACAAACCUAUUCUCAGCAAUCCCCUACAUCGGACAAACACUCGUGGAAUGAGCUUGAGGGGGAUUCUCAGUAGACAACCCCACACUAACCCGAUUCUUCGCCCUUCACUUCCUACUUCCAUUCCUCAUCGUAGGGCUCACACUAGUUCACCUCACAUUCCUACAUGAAACAGGGUCAAACAACCCCCUUGGAAUCCCAUCAGACUGCGACAAAAUCCCAUUUCACCCCUACUACACCGUAAAAGACAUCCUAGGAUUCGUACUAAUGCUCUCCCUGCUAGUCUCCCUAGCCCUAUUCUCCCCCAACCUCCUAGGAGACCCAGAAAACUUCACCCCAGCCAACCCCCUAGUAACUCCCCCACACAUUAAGCCUGAAUGAUAUUUCCUAUUCGCCUACGCCAUCCUACGAUCCAUCCCAAACAAACUAGGAGGAGUCCUGGCCCUAGCCGCCUCAAUCCUAGUCCUAUUCCUAACCCCGCUCCUCCACACAUCAAAAUUCCGAUCAAUGACCUUCCGCCCUCUAUCCCAAAUCCUAUUCUGAGCACUAGUCGCUAAUGUCCUAAUCUUAACCUGAGUAGGUAGCCAACCAGUAGAACACCCAUUCAUCAUCAUUGGCCAACUAGCCUCACUCUCCUACUUCACAAUCAUCCUAAUCCUAUUCCCCCUUGCAGCAGCCCUAGAAAACAAGCUGCUCAAACUCUAA